GACAUGCCCCGCGGCGGCCGACAACCGCCGGAUUUGAAUCGCGGCACCGCUCGGCAGCGGCGGGAUGAGUGCCCCGUCGUUGCCCCCGGCCUGGCAGCUCUACCUCAAGGACCACCGCAUCUCCACAUUUAAGAACUGGCCCUUCUUGGAGGGCUGCGCCUGCACCCCGGAGCGAAUGGCCGCGGCCGGCUUCAUCCACUGUCCCACUGAGAACGAGCCCGACUUGGCUCAGUGUUUCUUCUGCUUCAAGGAGUUGGAAGGCUGGGAGCCAGAUGACGACCCUAUAGAAGAACAUAAAAAGCAUUCAUCUGGUUGUGCUUUCCUUUCUGUCAAGAAGCAGUUUGAAGAAUUAACCCUCAGCGAAUUUUUAAAACUGGAUAAAGAAAGAGCCAAGAACAAAAUUGCAAAGGAAACCAACAAUAAGCAGAAAGAAUUCGAAGAAACUGCAAAGAAAGUCCGCUGUGCCAUUGAGCAGCUGGCUGCCUCGGAGUGACGCCACCCCCACCGUCACUGCCCCCCAGGGACACACACACAUCCUUUCCAAGGCACAGCCCUCAGCGUUACCAGCUUUCCUCUGGGGCCUCUUAACUGUGCCUUAGGAAAGGAGACCAUCAGCAUUUUGAAAUUAGAAUAUUUACCUGUAUUUUUGGGUUUUUUCUUGAAGGCGGUGCCAGGGGCUAUUGCUGUUGUACAGCUGGUGCUAAGUACAGUGACGGAUUCUCUCUUUUC